AUGGGGAGGGCACAUAGUACUGUAUCAAAAUCCUAUCUGGACUACCUUCUGCUCCCAGGUGAACCUAGCACUGCCACCUAUGACUACGCUUUUCUAACGUACGCUGCCUCCAACUGGUCCUUGCACUAUACGGCGCAGGAUCCUGUGUUUGCCGAGCAGUACCGGACCGAUGCUCGCAAGCUUUGCAAAGUAACCACUGGAUUAUUUGACUGUAGCAAGUGUCUUGGUCUGAAGCAAGUCGUCCAAGCAUUGCUAGACGAAGGCACCGACAUCAAAGGCCAGGAUGAUGAGCACGGCACAGCCCUUCAGGUUGCCUCUGAGAGGGGGCAUGGCAAGGUUGUGCAACUGUUAUUGGAGAGGGGCGCUGACGCAGAAUUACGAGGUAGGCAUUAUGGCAAUGCUUUGUAUAAUGAUUCACUUGCAGAAUAUGAGGAAAUAGUGCAAAUGCUGGUGGACAAUGGGGCCAACGUCUAUGCCCAAACUGGACUUCAAGGUAGUACUCUGCAGGCUGCUUCCUUUGAAAGACACGACAAAAUUGUUCACAUACUCCUAGAGAAGGGAGAUGCUACUCUCUCACUAGAGGUUUUCUUAACACGUCCCAAAGACGAUGAGGUUGUUGAGCGGUUGUUUCUUCAAUUGAUGCGAAGAAGAGGGUGGCACAAUCUCCAGCGACGACCAAGGGGCAAAUGCUUGGCUACACGGCUUCAAGAAGUGGGUUUCCGUGCACCAGGAUAG